AGAGACCUUCCACAGCUUUCUCGACAACUGACGAGUGAGUUUCAAUCCAACGGUUGAGAUUCGGUCUCCAUAGAUAAUUCACAUAAGGACACGUGGCGGCGAGAGAUGAAAGAAAGUAGCCGGAAGCAAGGAGCUGCGUCACCGUGUGCUGCGUGUAAGCUUUUGCGGCGGCGGUGUGCUCAAGAUUGUGUUUUCUCGCCGUAUUUUCCGGCGGAUGAGCCUCAGAAAUUCGCUAAUGUUCAUAGAGUGUUCGGUGCUAGCAACGUCAACAAGAUGCUUCAGGAGUUACCAAUCCACCAGCGAGGGGACGCGGUGAGCAGCAUGGUUUACGAGGCUAAUGCAAGAGUUCGGGAUCCGGUUUACGGUUGCGUAGGAGCAAUUUCGUCCCUCCAGCAACAAAUCGAUGUGUUGCAAGCUCAGCUAGCUCUAGCUCAAGCUGAGGUGGUGCACCUACGUGUACGCCACUCUACUAAUUUUCCGGGGCACGGACUAUGCCCGGACAGUCCGAGUAGCAGCGGGUCACCGUCUUCGAAGCAAGUGAGUCCACAGGGCAACAAGGGCAUGUUUAGCCAUAUGGACAUUGUGGAUGAAGCCAGUUUGGGAGAGUCUAUGUGGUCUUGCUAGUCAAUGCUCUCUUUUUACUACUGCAAAUUUCCUCUUCCUUUUUUGGGAAAUUUCGGGAUUAUUAUAUUUAAAUUAGGGGUAGGAAUGAAAAUGCUCUGUUUUGAAUACAGAGUGAAAUUAUUA